GGAAGAACAUUCACGUCACAUCACAGACCCGAGCAUUAAAAAAUUAAACUUUUGCAUUUAAAUCGUACAAAAAAUCUACUUUUGCCUUAAAAUGUUACCUGUAAAUCGUCAAUUGACUAAAUUAUAUCCAAGUUGCAUGCGCAUCGCAAAAAUGAGCCAAGUUGGAGAAUUCGGAAGCGGCGCCGGCAAAGGAGGCGGCGGCGGCGGAUCAAUUCGUGAAGCUGGCGGAAGCUUCGGCAAAAUGGAAGCUGCUCACGAGGAAGAAUAUUUCCACAAACAACGUCAAGAGCAAUUGCGAAAAUUGAAAGAAAAACAAAUCCAUGAGAAGAGUUUCCGCGAAGAAGCCAUCAAGCAACAUGAGGAUGCCAUUAAGCGUCAUGCUGAAGCCAUCAAGGAGUUGGAAAAGAAAUGAAGUGAACGUUAAAGUCUGAAAAAAUGCGACAAUCGCGUAAUUUGUGCAUUAAUUUUGUUGAAAUUUAGUCAUCACAGUAAGAUUUUGAAUUGUGCAAAGAGACUUUUUUUUAAUUUUAACAAAUUUUUUACUUAUUUUUCUAUUUUGGUUGAACAAAUUUACUUAAAAAUGAAAUAAAUUGCAUGUCAUAAAGUGAAAA